AUGGCGGGCUGUAUAAGGGAGGCAACGAAAGAGGUGUUGGGAGAUUCGAAAGGUUACUCUGGCAGGCACCGAGGCAAUUGGUGGUGGAAUGAAGUGGUCCAAGGGAAAGUGGAAGCCAAAAAAGCGACUUACAUUAAGUUAGUAGAAAGCACAGACGAGGAUCAGAGGAGAGCGAACAGAGAAAGAUAUAAGGAGUCUAGGAAGGAGGCGAAAUUAGCGGUCAUAGAGGCUAAGACUGCUGCAUUUGGUCGGCUGUAUGAGGAGCUUGGGGGAAAAGGUGGGGACAAGAAGUUAUUCCAGUUGGCCAAAGAAAGAGAGAAGACGGCUUGCGACUUGGAUCAAGUGAGGUGCAUUAAAGACGAGGACGGUCGAGUAUUGAUGGAAGAGGCCCAGAUUAGGCAAAGAUGGCAGUCGUACUUUCAUAAACUUCUGAAUGAAGAGGGGGAUGGAAACAUUGUAUUAGGGAAAUUGGGUCACUCCCAAAGCCACCACGACUUUAGGUAUUGUAGGCGUAUUAACGUUGAGGAGGUCGUGGGUGCGAUGGGUAAGAUGAGUCAGGUUAAAGCAACCGGACCAGACGAGAGUCCAGUAGAGUUUUGUAGAUAUGCGGGUAGAGUAGGCUUGGAGUGGCUGACUAGGUUGUUUAAUAUUAUCUUCAGGACGAAGAGGAUGCGUGAUGAGAGGCGGUGGAGUAAAAUGGUUCCGGUGUACAAGAACAAAG